AUGCCUCGAGCAUCGAAAGCAAGCGGUAAGACCAGACACGAUCCCCUCCACAUUCAGCUCAAAGAAGAUGAGCUUCACGAGAAAUAUGGAUCCGUCUCUCAGCCUGGUAGACGGAAGAAGGGACGGAAGAGUGGGGAAGACGACGAAAAUGAGGAGGUUCUGCUAGAUCCCAGAACGUCGAAGCGUAUAUUUGAGUUGGCCCGAGACCAGCAGGAGGAACUGCAAUCAUCUGGAGAUGAAGAUGUAUCGGACGAGGACGAUCAAUCGAAGCCCCGUCCUGUACAAACAUACUAUGACGACGAGGAGGAAGAGGAGGAGAAUGCCUUCUCUGAAAUGGGAGCAGACGAAGCUGCCCAGGAGUUUCAAAUAGACUCCGGAGACCUACAGACUUUGGAUACACUUCUACCGACGAAUGUCGGUGAACGUCGGACACUCGCCGACAUUAUAUUCUCGAAACUAGAGGGCGGAAUCACUGAGACAGUGAAGAUCCGGUAUCGACCCGAAGAUACCGGCCGCCCCCCUGAUCCUGCUGCUGGUCUUGAUCCAAAGGUCGUGGAAGUAUACACCAAGAUCGGCAUCUUUUUGUCUCGCUAUCGCUCCGGACCGUUGCCAAAACCGUUCAAGGUCUUACCCUCACUUCCCGCAUGGGCUCGUUUGCUGGCCCUCACACGCCCGGAGAGCUGGUCACCUCAUGCUUGCAGAGCGGCUACUCGAAUAUUCAUUUCUACUAUGAAGAAAGAUCAGGCGCAGUUAUUCCUCCAGGUGGUCUUACUUGACGCCGUCCGUGAAGAUAUUCGGCUGAAUGGAAAGCUGAACGUCCACUAUUAUGAAGCAUUGAUUCGAGCCCUGUACAAACCAGGCGCGUUCUUCAAGGCUAUACUAUUUCCCCUGGUGGAGAGCGGGUCCACAUUGAAAGAAGCUGCUAUCGUGGCUUCUGUCUUGGCUAAGGCGCAUAUACCUGUCCUUCCAGCAUCUGGAGCGCUCAUUCGCUUAGCCAGCAUGGACUACACAGGCCCGAACUCGUUGUUCAUCCGCGUUUUGCUGGAUAAGAAGCAUGCACUGCCCUACAAGGUGCUGGACGCUCUGGUGUUCCACUUCAUAAGGCUAUCCAACACCUACAAAGCUCGUACACGAGGAGAUAGUGAUAAGUUACCAGUGUUAUGGCAUCAGAGUUUGCUUGUUUUCUGUCAGCGAUAUGCUGCAGAUCUCUCCCCAGACCAGAAAGACGCACUCCUUGAUGUUGUUCGCGUCCACUUCCACCCUCAAAUUGGACCGGAAGUGAGGCGUGAGCUAGUCAACUCAGUGUCGAGGGGCGAGCCGCGGCCUGAGGAUAAAGAUGUGGAGAUGGGUUGAGGUGUAUAGCAUCACUUUCUAUCGACUGACGACCGCAAUUACCAAAAGUAGCCUUAGACAUUGGUCACUACUGGCAUAACAGCAAACUAUGCCACAUAUAAGACCUAAAACUAUGAGGCCCGAGGGAACACUACUUAGUCCGCUUUUUACUAUGUCUUGGCCUAUCAUCCGAUGGAGCAGAAUGUAUAGCCUUCAGGACGUCCUGCAGAUUUCUAUCUUCUGCAGCGGUCGCAGAGACUUUCGACUUGGGGUUUUCUGAACUUGGAAGAGCUCCUCGUUUGACUCUCUUACCAAAAGACUCAUCAAAAAGUACAUCGAUAUCGUCCCCAUGUUGCGCAUCUCGCUUGCGUUUACCCUUGUCCUUUGCGGUAACACUCGAAGUCGGGUUCUGAGCGUUGGGACUCGUCUUCGAUUUUUUCGGAUCGCGCUGAUCAGGAUCGUCAACGGUCGACGGCACGCCUUGCUUAGGCUGAGCCUCCCCAGACUGCAGUGCUCUCCACGCGUCGGGCUUCCGCUCUAGUAACGGCAGACGGA